UAUUUAUAAACCAAAAUAAAAAAAUAAAAACCUCUCUCUCUUUCGCUCAGUCAUUUCUCGUGCGCUCGAUCAGUCUCUCUCCUCCAGUCGCCGGUUGCCUUCCGUUUUAACGCCGAUAACGUGGCCGCUGAUGUAAAUAGUUAUCAAAAUGUCCUCACAUGAACAAGCUGUAGCCUCCUUAAUCUCACAACUAGCGCUUUCUUUCGAUGGCGCCGUUUUAGGUGCUGCCCUAGCCUAUGCCGCCUUGCGCACAAUCUUCCGGUUCAAGGCAACCUCCACUGCCCUACGAAAAAUUCGUGGUGCACCGUACUUUCGUGUUGCCGACCUCCGUUCCCUCCUUGAAGAGGAUAGGUCGGAUUCCCACGAAGAGCCUAUCGUCGUGAUUCGCGGCGCCGUCGAGGCUAGAUCGGCUACCGAUUUACGGAGCUUGAAGAGCCUUAAGAGUAACGUGCUCGUCUCUCAAGAGUCCGGUGAUAAAGCUGUGAUCAUCCAAAGAACACAAACUUAUAUUUAUCAUGAAUGGAGGGGAUUGUUUGGAUGGACUUCUGAUUUACGUGCUAUUAUUGGGAGAUCUUGGAAUAAAAAAGAGUCAACUUCUAUGAGAACAGUUCCUUUCAUUUUGGUUGAAGGUGGUCAAUGGCCACAAUCUGAUUUUGUCAUUGUGAACAUGAAUGGCUCCAAGCAUCCCCUGCCUCUUACUACAGUUUAUCAUCAAUUGCAUCCUAUAAAUGCUUCACCUUAUACAUUCCUUCAGGCUUUGUUCGGUCACGAAUACCCUGUUGGUCUGCUUGAUGAAGAGAAAAUUCUUCCUGUGGGAAAGGAAAUCAGUGCUGUUGGCAUUUGCGGUUUUAGUAAUGGAGUGCCUGAAGUUAAGGCAUGCAAGGAGCUUCCCUAUUUCCUUACUGACAUGACAAAAGAUCAGAUGCUGUUGGAUCUUGCCUUCAAGACAAAAAUACUGUUCUGGAGUGGUGUCGUCCUUGGUUCACUGUCUAUUGGUAUUCUUGGCUAUGCUUUUGUAAGGAACUGGAAUAAAUGGAAAGAAAGGAGGCUAAGACGGUUUCAGCAAGCAGCCAAUGCUGCCACUGAUGACUCCACCUUGCAGAUGGAUUUGGACGAAGAGUUAGGUGAUGUUCCAGAUGGAGAGUUGUGUGUGGUUUGCUUGAUGAGGAGAAGACGGUCUGCAUUUAUUCCAUGUGGACACCUGGUUUGUUGCCAACAUUGUGCUGUAUCGGUUGAACGGGAAUUGGUGCCAAAGUGCCCUGUUUGCCGCAUGGCGAUCCGAAGUUCAGUGCGAAUAUACGCAUCUUAAUUAGCAAGAACAUGGUUACUGUAUUGAAUUUUUGUAAUCAUUGAACAAGAUAUUGACACCAGGAUGUCAUGAAAAAGCUUCAGGUACAGUUUAUACCAUUCCCUAUGAUACUAAUUAACUAUAGCAUUGCUAAUUGGCUUCCAUAACAUUAAAAGGGCUGGAGUUGGCUUAGCUCCAUAGCGGGGUUAUAGUGAUAUGAAUGGAAUUAAGUCAAACUGGAGAUUCUUGUCUAUAAUCCUUUUUUCAGGGAAAGACUUCUAACCCUGUUUGAAUUUUAGUUUCGUUCUAUGAUGUAUAUGCCUAGGGAAGAACUGAAGCAAAAUGUAAAAUUCCGUAUUCCUAUAAAUGAUUUUAGAGCUCUGAGAUUGGUGCUAA